CACUCGAUCACAAUUGCCCACUUAUUCCGCCUCUUCUCAUCUUUCAACUCUUUCAUGGCUGCUGCUGCUGCUUUGAUCAAGUAAACGUAUAACGCUAACGCCUCUAAUUUUUCCAUAUUACUCAAUCGGUAACCUUAUAACCUGACCCGAUGGCUCGGCGUUUCACACCGAUCCUUAAAGAACUCCUUACGAACUCCACAAACCAAUGUUCCAGGUCUCUCAUCCCGACCCGAUCUGUAACCUACAUGCCACGGCCCGGAGACGGCUCUCCGCGUGCGGUAACUCUACUUCCAGGAGACGGAAUCGGUCCACUGGUAACGGGCGCUGUCGAGCAAGUAAUGGAAGCCAUGCACGCGCCUGUGUACUUUGAAAAGUAUGAAGUGCACGGGGACAUGAAAAAGGUUCCGGAAGAAGUGAUUGAUUCGAUAAAGAAGAAUAAGGUUUGUUUGAAGGGAGGUUUGGCGACGCCAAUGGGCGGUGGUGUUAGUUCGUUGAACCUGCAGUUAAGAAAGGAGAUGGAUUUGUACGCGUCGUUGGUUAAUUGUUUUAAUUUGCCGGGAUUGCCGACGCGCCAUGAGAACGUGGAUAUUGUUGUAAUUAGAGAGAACACUGAGGGUGAGUACUCCGGACUCGAACACGAGGUGGUUUCUGGAGUUGUCGAGAGCCUUAAGGUGAUAACAAAGUUUUGUUCAGAGCGUAUUGCAAAGUAUGCUUUUGAGUAUGCAUACCUGAACAACAGAAAGAAGGUGACUGCAGUGCAUAAAGCAAACAUUAUGAAGCUUGCUGAUGGUCUAUUCUUGGAAUCUUGUCGAGAGGUUGCCACAAAAUAUCCUGGGAUCAAGUAUAGUGAAAUUAUUGUUGACAACUGCUGCAUGCAGCUCGUGUCCAAGCCUGAGCAAUUUGAUGUCAUGGUGACUCCCAACCUUUAUGGCAACCUGGUCGCAAACACAGCAGCUGGUAUUGCUGGUGGUACAGGAGUCAUGCCAGGAGGCAAUGUCGGGCCAGAUCAUGCUAUAUUUGAGCAAGGUGCUUCGGCAGGAAAUGUGGGCAAUGAGAAAAUAGUGGAACAAAAGAAAGCAAACCCAGUAGCAUUGCUUCUUUCAUCCGCCAUGAUGCUGAGACAUCUCCAGUUUCCCUCAUUUGCUGAUCGGUUAGAAACUGCUGUCAAGCGAGUAAUAUUGGAAGGCAACCACCAAACAAAAGAUCUCGGAGGAAUCAGCACCACCCAAGAGGUGACUGAUGCAGUCAUAGCUGCUCUUGACUGAGUAAGAACAUAGUUUAUGCACACUUCUUCCCGGGAGAGUACUUCCGGAUUCAUCAUGGGAUUUUAAUCAUGCUCACAUAUAUUCUUCAUUUCACUUCUGCAUCUUAUUUAUUGUUCGAUUUUCUUCGAGCCACAUUCGAAAUUACCUUUCUUGUCAAAUAAUCUCAGUUUAAGAUAAAAGAAGUCAGCCCAUUGAAGGGUACUGACCAUUUUUUGUUUA